GGACGACAUUACCCAUAAUGCCAUUUCAAGAAUGCAGCAUGCAGCGAGCUUCCGGCGAAAAUUAGACAGUCCAAAGAUGGCGGACCUCCUGGGCUCGAUCUUGAGCUCGAUGGAAAAGCCUCCAACCGUUCACGACCAAGAAAGCCGACGGAAAGCUAGAGGUAGAAACAUACAGUUCAUGCUAAGCGCUUCCAUCUCUCUUAGGCAUGAUGUGGCUGAGGUGGCUGGACUAUCAUCGUUUUCUUUCGGUGAGGAUGAAGAGGGCAGAUAUGUCAUGCUGUUUAAAAAGGAGUUUGCGCCAUCAGAUGAAGAACUGGAGGCUUAUCGGAAGGGUGAGGAGUGGGACCCGCAGAAAGCCGAGGAGAGACGUCGGCUAAAGGAACAGGCUGCACUGGAGAUGGAAAAGGCCAGUCGCACUCAGAAGAGGCCUGCGUCACCCAAUUCAAACUACAGAGACAAAUACAGCCAUCUGAUUGGAACAUCUGCUGCUAAAGAUGCCGCCCACACGCUUCAAGCCAACCGGGCAUAUGGCUGUGUCCCUGUGGCCAAUAAGAGAGACACUCGCUCCAUUGAGGAAGCCAUGAACGAGAUCAGAGCCAAAAAAAGACUGAAGAAAGGCGAGGAGGAAGCCACUGGCAGCGGCAGCAGUGUGUGAGAGCGGUGUGUGUAUAUGAUCAGUUGUUAUGCAGAACAGAAGAGUGAUUGAACAGUAUUUUACUGCUAUAACAAUGUUUUACAUGAACAGCAGGGUUUGAUAAAGAUGAAUUGUCAUGCACAUAAAAGCAGUUUAAAACUGCCGCAGGAUAACCGCACUGUCCUAAAAUGCUUUCACCUCUAUAUUACUGUCCCAAAUAAUGUGUUUUUAGACUUCAUUAUUAGAAUAAACAGAAACGUGGGGUUUAAUAUUGAAAAUCCCUUUGUAGUUUGGCAUGGUGAUAUAAUGGCUCUUUUUAAAGUAAAGUCACAUUUGGUCUUAGAAUAGCUUUCAUUUGCAUAAAUUGCUUAAAACAGUCAUAUUUAUUGCCUUGAUAUAACUGUGGUAGGUAUGUUUGACUCCAUGGCUGUUUUAAUGUUCAUUUUAAGUCAUUAAGCAGUAUGUCCUUAAACUAGUAGUUGUUUCUCGUUACUGUUUAUUUGCUUUGUUUAAAUUUGGUUGAGGACAAUUUUAAGUGCUCCUUGUACCUUUUAUGUACAGGUGUUGUAUGCAGUUUGUUUUUUAGUUCUAAUAAGCAUAUAUAUCAUCUCAUCCAUAGCUAACACAUUUUGUCCAUUUACGCCGGCUUAUUCUGAGCUGUGAAUCAUUAUGUCCUUGUGUAUAUGGACUAGAUGGAUCAAACAAAUAAAAUUGUGUGGUGUCAUAGA